AUGGGCUGUUGCGAAGUUUAUCAUGACAGUGAUCGAUUGUGUAAGUAUUUUGUGGACAUGGUGCAUGUUGCAACCCGCAGUUUUAUUACAAGACAACCAUGGGAUCUGCCGAUGAGCUGGUCCGUUGUUAAAUCCCUCGGACUACGGACGACUAUGCUGCAGCUUCUUCCAGAAGACUCUUGCCCACGAUGUUGGUUCCAGAAUCGGGUUCGAGUGUCUGCAGGGUCAAUCAGAGGAGAACCAGGACUUGCUCGCAGAGAUGCAGCUGGGCGGAUUGUGACUAGAAAGUCCGCGAGAAUUGGAGAGCACAAUUGUGUCAAACUCCUUUCCGAAACCGAGAAGGAGGUGCAUCGAGAGAAGAUGGUUCUCGACAAUUAA